AUGUCGUUAACCUCGCUGAUCAUAUCACUUUCAUUCUGGGACGCUCUGACUAUUCUUUGGUCUUUUGCUCUCAUUUACACCAUCAAAUUCUACCUCUUGUAUUUUACCCGCGAAAAUCCACUGCCUGGUCCACUCCCACUCCCCUUAGUAGGAAAUCUCCUGCAAUUAGCCACAGCUGGCGAUACAAGUAGAUGGGCUUUACAAUGUCAAGCCAAAUACGGCGACAUGUGGGAAGUGUAUAUUGGAAGCAGCAAAUACAUUUGGGUGGCAAGAGCCGAUUUGACUGAGAAAAUUAUGGAUACGUCAAAAACCAGUAAUUAUUUUAUUCGGACGUCAUCCAACAGUGGGAUAGACAUGUUGGGAAUCUCAUCAAGUGGCCUGGCAUUCAAUGAAGACAAAGAAAAAUGGUUUUUCAAUAGAAAAAUUGUCGCUCAGGCUAUUACCAAUACAAAGUUCAUAAAACAGAUCACAGAAUGGAUUCAACAAGAGUUUGUCGAAAUGGAGGGAUACUUAAUGGAACUCGGUUUCGACGAGAAGGCUUUUAACUGUUCUGAUUGGAUUAGAAGAUUAGUUACGGAUACAAUUUUUGUAGCAUCAAUGAACAAGUACGCAUGUACUUUGGCUUCCCUGUACAAUUCUCACAACCCAUCGAAACCAGCUCCGUAUUCACGAGAAACAGUUGCCGAAUCCGACAAUUUUGUUCACGCCCUGAGGACAUAUUUUAGUACACUCGACUUCUUCCUGUUCAUGCCUGACCUUAUUCGUACCAAGACACCGUUUGGACGUCGACAAACUAAAAUAUACAUGAACAAUUUGUAUUGGUUGCAUGAGGCUCUGAUGAAAAUUAUUAAAGGAAAGAAAGAGGAAAUUAAGAACGAGCAGUCCGAGUUGAGGCCCGAUCUCUUGACAUUGUUGGCUACUGUGAACACCCCAAGAGACAUGACACAAAAAAUAAAAAGUACUGUCGAGGGACCCCUGACCGUUGAGGAAAUUAGGACCUGCCUUCUUGAUUUGCUGGUUGCAGGUAUCGACACGAAUCCAGAAGUCAAGAAGCGCCUCCAAAAUGAACUCGAUACCAUCUACGGAGCUGAUCCUAUUCGUCCAAUAACACAUGAAGAUUUGAAUAAAUUUGUGUAUAUAGAAGCUGUCAUCAAAGAAACUUCUCGAAUAUUGCCUGCUACUGCUUUAAAUAUUCGAACGGCCGAGAGAGAUGAUACCAUAGGUGGAUAUCCGAUCAAGGGCGGCCAACAAAUAAUAGUAAGCUUUGCUGGAAUUCAACAUCACCCUAAACAUUGGCCUAACCCCAAACAAUUCAACCCGGAUCGCUUCCUAGAACCCAACGCUUCUAAAAUUGAGAAACAUGCGCUUCCAAUGUUUGGCGGUGGGUUGCGCAUCUGUCCUGGUAGACACAUGGCAAUGGCAGAACUGAAAGUGGUUAUUGCCAUGAUAUUCCGUAAAUAUGAUCUUGAAUUGGCUACAGCAGACACUGAACUAAAGUUUAAGUGCGACUUGGUGAAUCAUUGUUCCGAAUUAAUGUUAAGAUUUAAACCUAGGACGAAAAAAGCCGUCCACUAA